UUUAAUUAUUUGGAAACUAUUAAAUUUCUACACUGUGAUAUCUCCAAUAUUGAAGUGUUUUGUGAUCAGAAAAAAGUUUGGUUGGAAAGGAAACAGCAUUUGUAUAGUGUAUAUAUUCAUGGUAUUUUUCUUGGAAAAUGUCCAAGUUAUUUUUAUCAUUUGGUUAAAAAUAAUGAUAAUAAGUUAUAACUUGACUAUUUGAGGCUUUAUGUUUUAAUAUUUGUUGUUGUUGUCAAUAACUUUUAAUAUGCCGGUCAGAAUUUGGUUGGUAAUACAGUUGUUGAAACUAUUAAGUUAUACAUAUCCUAUACAUCAAUUCUUGGUCAAUUUGACUUAUUUAUAUAAAUUUUGUAUAUAGUUUUAUUUUAUGAUUUUCUAAACAAAAUCUAGUAGUAUUAAUUGAUAUUUAUAAAUUUAUGAUACAUAUUAUUAGCAUGAGAAAAAAAUGGUGUAAAUUUUUAUUUUCUCUAGAAGUUCAGUUUGAAUGUCUUUUAAGAGGUAUAGUUAAAAAAGAAAGAAACAAACAAUAUUUAUAUGGAUCAAAUAUUUUCUUCCUAGUUAUUUAUUUUGGGAAUUAAAUCCUCUAGAAACAAAAUUCUAUAAAUAUCUGAACAAAAAAUAUAAAUCGGUAUAUUACUGAAAAUCAGAUUACAAGUUUCAUCGGAAAACAUAGGCGAUGGAAAAACCGAUUGUUAGAUUUUACACUAAGUCAAAGAUGCCGCGGCUGCGAUGGGCCACUGAUCUCCAUCAAUAUUUUGUUUAUGUUGUUAAUCGACUUGGUGGCGAAAGAAAAGCAACUCCUAAGAAGAUUGUGCAGGCAAUGGGUGUGAAAAGUCUCACACUAUCUCAUGUGAAAAGCCAUCUCCAGAUGUAUAGGAACAAGAAGCGGAGAGACUCAGUACAAGCAGAAAGGAGAAUGAGACGAGAAAUGAGGUGGCGGCAAUCUCAACAACACCUUCAAAUCUAUGAACGCCUUCGAGACGCUAUCGAGUUUAUGCAAAAUCAACGAAGGUUCAUGCGAUAAUUGAUCUGCUAUAUAUUAUCAAGUAUCUUUUAAAAAAUGCAACCUCAACCUUGAAUUAAUAACAAUUUGAACUUGUUUAACAUUAUUUUAUUGCUUGUGUGGCAGCGUUACAAUAAUUUUAAUUAAACAAACUUUAAAUUAAUAAUUUAUUCUCUAAGUAAUAUACAAGUCCCAAAUAUUAUGAUAUUUUUGAUUGAUUGUAUUUUUGAAAAGUGGUAGUCAAC